GCAAAAGGUGACACACUCGAUGAGUGUUUAAAAUGAACACUUGAUGAGUGUUUGAAAUGAACAUCGUCUACUUUUAAUGUCAAAUAAAAGAUGAUAGCAAAUUUAGAUGUCUAUCGAUUUCCGCGUAAAAAAAAAUGAUUCGAUUCUGUUUGCGUGCAGGUUAAAAACAAGUUAAUAUAAUCCUCCAAUGUCCUUUCACAUUUCUCUCUAGACACAUACAACGUCCAAUUAAUAUUCUGAUAGUUGGGCUCAACUCUCAUUGAGCACUAGUGACAGUUUCUCCAUUUUUGUAGCAUUAAUGGAGAAUGGGAACAAUGUCUCCGGUGAUAAGCCGAUGGUAAUGGUCACUAAUGAUGAUGGAAUUGAUGCACCUGGUUUAAGAGCUCUUGUUCGUGCCCUCGUCUCCACCAAUCUAUUCCAUGUUCUCGUUUUUGCUCCUGACUCUGAAAGAUCGGCUGCUAGUCAUUGUGUUUCAUGGCAACGCUCGGUUACUGUUAAGAAAGUAGAUGUCCCUGGCGCUACAGCUUUUGCAGUUUCUGGAACUCCAGCAGACUCAACUUCCCUAGGAAUCUCCAAAAAGAUCUUUCCUUCGCUACCUGAUCUGGUUGUCAGUGGCAUUAAUUUAGGCUGCAAUUGCGGCUAUGACAUUGUUUAUUCAGGGACAGUGGGUGGUGCACGAGAGGCUUUCUUCCAUGGCAUUCCUUCUGUCGCUGUAUCAUAUGACUGCCAUAAUAUGGUUGGUCGAAAACUCAAUGUUGAUGAUUUCACAUUAUGCGCUGAAGCUUCCAUACCCAUCAUCACUGCUAUGUUGGCUGAGAUCGCUAAUAAGACUUAUCCUCAGAAUUGCUUUCUGAAUAUAAAUGUCCCCAGAGAAGUUGCCAAUAACAAGGGUUACCGGCUGACUAAGCAGGGGAAAUGUUUUUACAAAAUGGGAUGGACGCAAGUUAUUUCUGAAGCACAAGCAGUUACAACGUCACAAACAAAACUAAUGGAGAUAAAUCCAUCGGGAAAUACAGAAGUAUAUACAGAAGAGAUGAUAUUAAGCACCAAAGAAGAACAUCUACUGUUUAAGUUAGAUACUGCGGAAACACCAACAGUGGAUGAUGAAGAUACUGAUUACUCAUCCCUUCAAGCAGGAUAUAUUAGUGUUACUCCCCUUUCUGCCUUAUCUCCUGCUGAGACAGAUAGCAUUGCAUUCUUCAAAAAAUGGCUUCCUGGUGUCUGUGCUUGCUCUCUUUGAUUAUGCGCGUAACAGAUGUAGCAUUAACCAUGGCAAUGGGGAUUUGAUGCUGAUCUCCAUUAUCCUUCCUGUGAUCUAAACCUGAUGGUUAUCAUGUGGUAUUAGUUAUUCUAUGAAUAAUUGACAAUAUUUGUGGUCCAGUCCUUUCUCAGACCUCGCGCAUAGUGGGAGUUUUGCACCGAAUGCCCAAAUGAGCAACAUGUAUGAAUUCUGUAUCAUUUGGUUAACAACUCAUAACUGUAUUUCUCUUUGGAGUAGUGAGGAAUUGCGAGACAAUUCUAUAUUAUUAUUUCCUAAA